AUGCUUCAAUGUCCUUCUGGCGCGUUGUUGCACAUCCAGAGUGUCCAACUGGGUCACACGUCCCAUCCGGAUGAGCCUUGUUUGUUAUCCGAAGAUGAGGAAUCGGCCAAAGCAAACAAACAUGAUAUGUUUGUUGCCCAAAAGAAGGAACCGCUGCGCAAUUUUCAAUGUAGUUCAGGUGAUGUGAAGUCUGAAGUACAAAGUCUUUGUAACGGUUUGAACACAUGUGAUAUCCUAUCAAAACUCAGUCGCCUUUACCAGUCUUCAGAAUGUCCCCAUCGGAGGACACUGUUUGUGAACUACACAUGCUUACCCGAACGUUUAAGUCUUCAACUAUCAGCCAAGAAGUUACGAGUUUGGAAUAUCUUUGAGUUUCAUGGGAUGAGCGUUCCCAAUAAAGAUGAGGCGUUUUUACAAUGCUUGCUGGUUUUUUUGAAUGAAGUGACUCUAAAACUGAAAUGUACCGCGCAAAACAGACAGCAUGGUCUAUAUUUUUUUGCUUUCAUCACCUCUUCAGCCUACUCUCAAACUGAACUGAUAUGCGCAGAUUCCUACGUUGAAAUCAGUUGCGCCACUCUUGGGACAGCUUUCAAGCUGCUGAUUCUCGAAGCCAAGUCUUUGCAUAAUAUAUCAGACGAACCGCAGGUUUCCCACUUGAUCAGUAAAAACCAGUGUACCAAAAAGGAUUUAUCAGCGCACGAAGUGUUGCUCAAACCCAGCGAGGUGUCCCCUGUGAGAAUCAUCAGAAAGAAGCCGGAGAAGAAAGCGAAAAAGCAGGAAACUCGAGAUUUUGUGAUAGAUCAGGUUCAAGACGACAGCUACAAAACUUGGGUCACAGAAAAAAGCAUUAAGCCAGGCAAAGAAUUUUCCAUUGUUGAGCCAGCCGAUGAUACACAAAUGAAGCAAAAAGAAACGUCUUUUCAAGUUGGCACAAAUGUCGGACAACAAUCGGAAAGGCCCAUGACGGAUGCCGACUCCAGCUAUGUCCUUCUUGCUUCACUUAUUCCUUCAGUGCUCUGUUUGCUAUUGGUAAUCGCCCUAAUCGGGUAUAUAGGUCACCAAAAACGUAUUUACCAACUAAAGCAUGUUCCACAUCAACACAACAAAUUCUGUGCACCUUGUCAGCAAAGAGCCCCCAGGAUCGCACUGACCGUUGCAUCCACUCCAGUCGUCGUGAACAACGAUACCUUCAAAGCUGACUCUCCCUGUCUAAAUAAGACAAACUGUAAACCACCUGUCCAUACCACCUGUACCAAACUCGGCACAUCGCUUCCACACUACUGGAACCCGGUUGCUGUAAACGAGCAAGACGCUGGUGACACCAGUAUUCCAGGAUCCAGUUGCCAUGGUUGUUCAGAAACUGCAUGUAGUCCUAUGUGCGAAAAUAUUCACAGAAUAUACAACGCUUUACCUCAGUCCUGCAAUGCACACUCAUCUAGUUCCACCGGAAAUAGUCCCAAAUCAACGUCAAUGUACCUUACUAGGACUGGCAUGAGGUUAGGGGAGAACGAAGCCGAGCAACCUGAAGAACUAAGAGAAGCUGAGCGUGACGUGACACAUACUACUUGUCUUUCUAACUCCGAAAGCGAAACAUCCAACUCAAACAAACAACCGUUGGUCGACUGUAGACCAUUCCUCCAUCACGUUCCAGCAGCAUGUUACCUUCAACACUUCGGACAGACUCGUGUGCCUCUGAGAUUGAAAAAUUGUUCACUGUGUGAUACAAACGAAACAACAAAGAAUCCACAAGCCUGGCCAGUAGAAAAGAAAGUGGUUCGUUCCAUAGCCUCUACACUUCUCAAUACGCCCUCUGUUAUAGCGAUCAACAGCGACAACCCAACAUUGUUGUCCACCCCGGGGAAUUUGUCUAUGCAAGCAGGCUCACCACUGACAGAAUCACGGAACGCUACAUCUUUGAGACAAUCAGAAAUGCAUUUCAGAGCACCUCCGCCGUUGUUUACACCCACGAAUAAAAAUCCUUUCUCAUUUUCAGGACAUUUCAUACUUUCUUCAAAACCUAAUGGCAACUUGAACAACAAAGCGAUACGUCGCGUACCUGUGGUCCGGUACCCACAUGAGGUGGAAGAAAACAGUGAUGAAGAUAAAAUAUCCGUAGUUGAAGAGCCAAAGGAAGACGUGAUAACUCUCGGUACACAACAUACUCAAGCACCACUGAACUACAAUCGACCCGACCUAUGUCCCUCCGUAAAUGAAUCUGACGAGUUGAAACACAAACGCAGUAGAACAGUGAGCACCGGGAAGCAGCUGAACGAGAGUUGCUACGGCACGGGAUAUUUGUCAGCAGUAGAAACUACUGGUGAGGCCUACACCACUGAAACUUUCGCGCAGUGUACUCCAUCAACACCUUCGUUUUCUUAUCGGGCAUUUUCGGACAGACUGGGAGCCAAAUUCACAGGCUUCGAGACACCGUUGAGUGAAAAUAAUCGGGACACAGAUUUUCGAAAAGCUACCACUGUAAUUAGUUCAGAAAUGUCUUCCUCAUCCAUCAUCUUCCCGUCAGGAAAACCACGGUGAUGCUGAAGUUUAUGUUGUCUGGAAACAACCACAAUCCAGGCUUUUUAUAUGUAGUCAAAUUUAAUUACCUUUGCUCAUUAGGGAACGGUUCGAUGACUCAACGUCGCGGAUUCUUUAACAUUCAUCCGGUAAAAAAGAUAAGACAAAAAUUUCCGUUGCCUACCGUAUGUGCAUAAAACCUGACGUUCGGCAAAUCAGUCUUUAUGUAUUACUUUUUCCGUUUACCUCCCUCUUGAAAGUAAAUACUGUAAGGUAGAGAAGAGAACACCGGUAACUGCACUUUUUAUGACACUUGUCGG